AUGAUUGUCCAAGAACCAGUGCAGGCCGCAAUAUGGCACUGCCUAAACCAUUACCAUUACCAGGACGCUACAUUUCUUGCUGAAAGACUCUGUGCAGAAGUCGAUUCUGAGGAGAGCGUUUUUCUACUUGCCACAUGUUAUUAUCGCGCGGGGCAAAAGCAUCUGGCACAUUGGUUACUUUCAAAGAAAAGCGUUCGUUCGACUCAAUGCCGUUUUCUUCUCUCAAAAUGCGCCUUUGAUUUAAAAAAAUACUCGGAAGCAGAAAACGCGCUGGUAAACGACGACCAUCUCAAACCAAAGCAUUUGGAUGAGAUUGUUAAGGAGUUUGGUGAUAUUGCGUGUUUCGCGUUAGAGUUGGUUUCAAAAAUCUGCCUAAAGACUGAACGAUCUAAGCUUGCAAACGAUGCCAGUCGAAGAGCGAUCAAGUUGAAUCCUUUCCUGUGGCAAGCGUUCGCCGAUCUAUGCAGCAGGGGCGAAAAACCGGAUCCCGAUGGUGUGUUUCAGCUGACCAGCACUGAUAUCUUCCAAACCAGCCAAGCACAUCAUUACAACUCGAUCGUGUGGUUUGGUGGAACAAAUGGCUACCACAAUGGUCCAUUGAUAGAUUCCUCGGCAGGCGCCAAUGAAAGUUCGGAUCAGAUAGGUGAAAAUGUCGAUAAUCCUUCAACUCCGGUUGAUCAAUGCUUCACGCAAAUCAUUAACACACCGAACAAUCACCAUCCACCUGGAGCGCCGCCUGGGAUGGGGCUCGGGAAUGCUCCGUAUGUUCCUCAACAGCAGAACCUGAAUUACUCGUACUUUAACAGUUCUGUCGGAUCGAUACGCUUCGGCAGUGGGGCCAAUCCAAACGCUGGCGACCAGACGCCAACACACGUAUUCACGGAACAUAACACACCAUUCCGUAAGCAACAGUUUAAGUAUCUCUCCACGAUAAGUCCCUCAACGCCAAGUUUUGGUGUGCUACCGAUCAUACACACACCCAAUGAACCGAUAGCGUUUCUUAUGACGCCUUCUCCACAACUGGUGCAAACGGGCACGCCUGUCGGACAAACCGGAACGACGGCACUAAUACAGCAGCAAGGCUCACAGGUAAUGCAAUUUGCAACCGGCAUGCAGCAGACGCCACAGCAGCAAAGCCAAGGUAUCAUUGGCGACGGCACAUUAGGAGAUCAGCACGCUGUAGCCCCGAAUCGGAAGAUCGCACUGUUAAGUAGUAACAAAAAAAUGCGACGUCAUCACCAUAACAACCUAGGCACCAUGGGGAACAUUAUUAAUCGCAAACACGACUCGCCUCACCAUCCUCAACAGGCGGCUAUUCAGCUGCUGCAGCAACAGAGCACCAACACCAAACCUAUCGUGUUCAGUCAAACCGGAAAUCAAUUGACCACCACACCACGCACACCGAUCACCACCGGCGGUCCGCUACAGCAUGGUCCGAACGUAAGACGCAGCUCACGGUUAUUCAGCAACAGUAAUUCGGUGAAAGAGAACGCCAAAAGUCCACAGAUAAAUAACAAAUUCGUAGCGCCACGAUCACCGCCUCGAAGGACAAAGCAGCGUAUUUCCAAGACGAUCAACAAUAGUGUCACAACGUUGCUAGAGAACAUACCGGAAAAGAAGUCGUCCGUGUGUGGCCCCGGUGGAGAUGCACCGGUGAAGGAGAAAAUAGAAACCAUUACUUCCACCGUCAACAACGACACCACACCACUGCUAAAUGAGAAAGUCAUGUUAAAUAACAGCAUAAACAGCGCGCAGAAGAUGGCCCAACAGGUGCUGCAGUUGAAGAAACAAAGUGCGGAUGGGUUGAUGACGCUGUUGCGUGAACUAGGCCACGGUUAUCUCCGGUUGCAGAACUACGAAUGUGACAAAGCAAUCGAACACUUUUCCAACGUUCCACUGCAUCAUCACGAAAGCAGUUGGGUAAAAAGCAUGAUCGCGCUGGCCUACCACGAGAUGCGCGACUACGAGUCAGCGGUUCACAUUUUCCACGAAAUUCACGAGCGCGAACCGUACCGACUGCAGUACAUGGAAAUCUACAGUACCGAUCUGUGGCACCUGCAGAAGGACGUAGUGCUGUCGUCGCUGGCACAAGAUCUGAUGGCCCAGGACAAAACCUCGCCUAUCACCUGGUGCGUGGCGGGUAACUGCUUCUCGGCACACAAGGAACACGAAACGGCGAUCAAGUUCUUCUUCCGUGCAAUACAGGUUGAUGAAGACUUUGCCUACAGUUACGCCCUGCUGGGGCAUGAGCUGGUGAUGACGGAGGAACUGGAAAAGGCCCUUUCCAUGUACAGGCUAGCUGUACUGCACGAUCCGCGACAUUACAAUGCCUGGUUUGGCAUCGGUACAGUAUUUUGCAAACAGGAGCGGCAUGAGCUGGCGGAACUACACUACCGGAGAGCGUUACAGAUCAAUCCGCGCAAUUCGGUUAUCAUGGUGCACAUAGCCGUGAUGCAAUUCUUUCUAAGGAAAACCGAUCAAGCCAUCAGGACGCUGAAUGCUGCAAUCGCACUCGAUCCACGGAACCCUCAGUGCAAAUUCCAGCGGGGUUCAAUGUUCUUCAUGAUGGGGCGCUAUCACGAGGCACUCAAGGAGCUGGAUGAGCUGAAGCAAAUCGUGCCAAAGGAAGCGAUGGUAUACUAUCUGAUGGGUAAAAUUCACAAAAAGUUAGGUAACGUUGAUCUGGCACUGAUGCAUCUCAGCUGGGCCACGGAUCUGGGUUCGAAGGGUGCGAAUAAUCAGAUAAAGGACAAUUUUGACUCCAUUAUCCGGACCCACGACGGCGAUGGCGGCAUGGAAGGUGAUGGUGGACUGGCGGGAGAAUCGAGCAGAGCGGGAGAUUCCACCGGCACUGGUGCAACCGGUAGCGGAGCCACAGCGCACGGCGACGGGGACGGUGUGAACGACAAAAUUGGCAGCGUUGGUAGCCUAGAUCCGGAAGCGGGCAGUAGCAGUAUCGACCCUGACUAUUCGCUCGGUAUCGAGCAGGUAUCUAGCGACGAUUCUACCGCCGCAGUUAGUAUGCGUAAUGAGUCGCUAGACAUAAUAGCAAACAAUUUCUACGACAGUGACAGCUAUUAG